CGAUAGUCUUCCCGCAAUCGAAGACUUGGCCAUCUCUAAUGUGACGUGUAAGACACGAAAACAAAAAGAAAAUUGCGAAAAUGGACGGAUUUAUGAUGGAUAUCAUCAAGGGCAUGUGCAUCAUGGACAAUGACGGCAACCGCAUUCUGGCCAAGUACUACGACAAGAACAUCCUGUCCACGUUGAAGGAACAGAAGGCCUUCGAAAAGAACCUCUUCAACAAGACGCACCGGUCGAACACGGAAAUCAUCAUGCUGGACGGCCUCACCUGUGUUUACAAAAGCAAUGUGGAUUUGUUUUUCUACGUGAUGGGCACCGCCUACGAGAACGAACUGAUCCUCCUGUCCGUGCUCAACUGCCUGUACGACUCCAUCAGUCUGAUUCUUAAGAAGAAUGUGGAGAAACGACUGGUGCUGGAGAACCUGGAGAUCAUUAUGCUGGCCUUUGAUGAGAUCUGUGACGGAGGCAUUAUUCUGGAUGCGGAUCCCUCGUCCGUGGUGAAACGCGUCGAUCUGCGCAACGAUGACAUUCCCAUUGCCGAACAGACCGUUGCCCAGGUUCUGCAAUCGGCGCGCGAACAACUCAAAUGGUCCAUCUUGAAGUGAUGCGGAGUGGCGGUUGGGAUGAUGAUGGUGAUGAGAAGAAGAAGGAGAAGGAGGAGGAGCCACUUCCGCUGCGUGUGUUGUCGCUAUACAUUCGAUUCUUUGUUUCCGCCUAGUUGUAAAGCAUAUUAUAAUACAUAUAUAUUUAACUAGA